AUGGCCGGCGGUAGUAAGAGGAGCGAUGUGCGCGACUUGACGCUGGAAGAACGUCUCCGAUUAAAGAAGGACGGUUUUGCCACAGCUCCCAAGCAUGACAGCGAAAGUAGUGACGACGACGACGACGACGACGAUGAGGAUGAGGACGCCGGCGAAGUUGUCGUGGAAGAAUAUGGAGAAGAUCACCAGCCGACGACAAAGCGCGCCAACAAGAACCGACCUCGUGAAAUCACGUCCAAGCGACCUGUCGGACGCUUCCGCGAAGUGCUGCAAGUGCGCAAGAAGACCACUCGCGACCCUCGUUUCGACCACGCCAGCGGCAAACUCAACGAAGACCUGCUCAAGAAGUCGUACGCAUUUCUCGACGACAUCAAAGAAGCGGAACUCCAAGAAGCGAAAAAGCAACUGAAGCAUGCCAAGAGCAAAACCCGCAAGACCGAACUCCAGCAAGACAUUUCGUCGCGCAAGCAAGAGCUUGCAGAAGCAAAACGUGCCGACCGCAUCCGAGACGCCAACUUGAAGCGCAAGCGCGAAGAGCGCGAGGCGGUGGAAAACGGCAAAGGCGCCUUCUACCUCAAGCGCAAGGACAAGAAGCAGUUGGAACUCAAAGCCAAGUUCGACGAACUGCAAGAAUCGGGCCGUCUGUCCAAAUUUAUGGAAAAACGACGAAAGAAGAACGCCAACAAAGACCAUCGAUGGUUGCCCACGCAGCGCAAAACCUAAUCGUUUGGAUACUACACUCAAUCACGUU